UAAUGGUAGUAAAUAGUCUUCAAUCUUCAUCCAGAAAUCCUGCUUCGGUGACGAUAAAGCCAUUCAACCCUAUCCUCCUCCUGCUCCUCCUUAGUCCUGACUCCUGAGCUUUUCAAAUAUUAUUUUGAUUAUUGCUGCUAUCGUCUUCGUCGUCGUCGUCGUCGUCUUCGUUUUCCUUCGACAGUCAUCUCUGUCCUCUGCCACAUCUCUCGAGGAGGUGGCAGUGGGUGUCAUCCUUUUAUCGUUUUCAUCUUCUUUGGGGAUGAUAUGUAUCUGAUCACUGAGAUCUAGAGAGAGAGAGAGAGAGAGAGAGAUGGACAAAAGCUGCCACUCGUCCAGUGACUCCACCGCCAGUAGCAGCUGCUCCUCCGCCAUCACCACCGCCGCCGCCGUCAGAAACAUCGGCGACAAUUAUCUAAAACAACUCAACAAACUCUCCCACAAGAUCUCCAAACCCACCUCCACAAGAACCUCCUUUGACCACAUCCACACCCACGACCACCCUCCUCCUCCUCCGCCGCUGCUGCCGCCGCCGCAGCAGCCGCAGCCGCCGGUGUACAACAUCAGCAAGAACGAGUUCCGGGAGGUCGUCCAGAAGCUCACCGGCUCCCCCGCCCACGACAGGUUCUCCUCGCCGCCGCCUAUCCAGCCUCCCAAGCCCCCGAGCUCCCGCCUCCAGAGAAUCCGCCCUCCGCCUCUGGCCCACCUCGGCAGCCGCCCGCCACCGCCGCUGCUCAACAGCGUUGUUCCAGAGAAGUUGCCCCCGGUGAACGAGGACGCCGGAAUCGCCGUCGUCGUCGGUGCAAACCCUGGGGCGGACAGCGGGUUCAAUCCGAUGGCGCGCUUCGUAUCGCCAGCGUCGCCACUGCCGCCGUUACCAGCCGUCAACUUGCCUGCUGAAUCCCCGGUCUCCGCCUACAUGCGGUGCCUCCAGAGGUCGUCGUCAGACGCCGGCUCGAAACUCGACCAGUUCUCUGGUUUCUCGCCUUCAUCCCCACUUGUUUCGCCGUGGUGGAGCAGCUUCGCUCCGCCACCGUCUCAGCCGCAGCCGCCGCUGCAGCAGAUUGUAUCAGCAGAGCAGGGGAUCCCACCUCCACCGUCCACGUCGCCUCAGCCGCCGCCGUUUCAGCUUCCAUCGUCACCCCUGCCUUUCGGGUGCUUGAACUCGCCGCGGUCGCCGUACCCUCUACUCUCGCCGGGCCUGCUGUUUUCGCCCAUGUCGGGACAGCUGGUGGGGUGCCCUCAGUUCCCGCUCUCGCCGACGCCGGUGCCGAGCCCUAAACACAGAGGGCUCUAAUUGAGAGGUAAAUGUUUUUGCAGGUAAGUUUUGAGGAAGAAGAAGGGAUUUCUGUUUUGGUCUAGUUUUUGGUGUUUCUUCUUCUUGUACAUUUUUUGAGGAUAUAAAGGGGGUUCAGAUCAAUGGCGGGGGAGUGCAAAGUCUUUAACUGUUCAUCAAGUAUAGAAUGCACAUGUAAAUGGGUGGCAGAACACAAUUUGGUCUGGCUAAAAUUAUCGUACAUGUUAUGUUUUUCAUAGCGGUGAGAUUUGUCCAUGUUUGGUGAUCUCUUAUUCUGCCAUGGACUGAACUCGUUUGUGCUUGAUUAUGUUCGGUCUGGUUUAUACCCUUUGCCUCAUGAUUCAUGACAGUACA